GAGCGCUGUGUGCUAAACACGGUGCUCGGCUGCGUCCGUCAGCGCGGAUCUGGCUCCUUCGGGAAUUAUAUGUUUUUACACAUUUAGUCGUUCUAGAAGAGGUUAUUUCUCUCCAACUUCAGCUACAGUGAUAGCUAAGUUUGGAGAGGAGAAAAGGGACAUAUUCGUGUUUUUGCGCAGGAAAUAUUUGCAGCGACGAUUUACUUUUCCUGUCGAACCUGAACAAUACAAAGGAAUUAAAAUCCUGACAACUAAAGCCGAACAAAUACAAUCGAUAUUCAACUCAAAAUGGACAGAGCUGCGUCUAAAAAACCUUGCUGUGAAAGAUUUUGCGAAUUCUUCAAGUCUGCGAAAUUCCUCAUUUACCUCGGACAUGCCUUGUCAACAUGGGGGGAUCGGAUGUGGAAUUUUGCUGUGGCUGUGUUUUUGGUGGAGCUGUAUGGCAAUAGUUUACUCCUGACAGCUGUGUAUGGACUGGUGGUUGCGGGGUCUGUCCUCUUGCUGGGAGCUAUUAUUGGUGACUGGGUGGACAAAAACCCCAGACUGAAAGUGGCACAGACAUCUUUGGUUGUCCAGAACAGUGCUGUCAUUCUCUGUGGUGUCCUUCUGAUGGUCGUUUUCCAGUUUAAAGAACAGCUUACUACCUUGUACAGCGGAUGGUUGCUUACAUCAUGCUACAUUUUGGUCAUCACCAUUGCUAACAUCGCUAACCUGGCCAGCACAGCUAUGUCCAUCACCAUCCAGAGGGACUGGGUUGUGGUUGUGGCUGGAGAUGAUCGGAGCAAAUUGGCAGAUAUGAAUGCAACUGUAAGAAUAAUCGACCAGCUAACCAACAUUCUGGCUCCAAUGCUUGUGGGCCAGAUCAUGGCAUUCGGCUCCCAUUUCAUCGGCUGUGGUUUUAUCUCGGGUUGGAAUGUGUUCUCCAUGUUCUUGGAGUACUUCCUGCUUCGGAAAGUUUAUCAGAAGACUCCAGCACUUGCCUUCAAGGCAGGACAGAAGGACAAUGAUGACCAAGAGUUGAAGCAUCUCAACGUACAAAAAGAGAUUGGAAUUAAUGAAAGUCCAGUUGAAGGCUCCCAGCUGAUGAAUGAAACUGCUGAGGUGAAGAAGACUACCAGCUGCUGCUACCAAAUGACGGAACCCAUCCGCACCUUUAAGGAUGGCUGGGUGGCCUACUACAACCAGUCCAUCUUUUUUGCUGGCAUGUCUCUGUCUUUCCUCUACAUGACCGUUCUGGGCUUCGACUGCAUCACCACAGGCUAUGCGUACACUCAGGGCCUGAACGGCUCCGUGCUCAGUCUCCUCAUGGGAGCUUCAGCUAUAUCUGGAAUCUGUGGAACGGUGGCCUUCACCUGGAUCAGAAAGAAGUGUGGCCUGAUCAGAACCGGCUUCAUCGCUGGAGUCGCCCAACUUUCUUGCCUCGUGCUCUGUGUAGCAUCUGUCUUUGCUCCUGGCAGCCCUUUCGAUCUCAGCGUCUCACCUUUCGACGAGGUCUUAAAGCAUCUGUUUGGAGACAGCAACUCGCUGCGUGAGAGUCCUACUCUUCUUCCUACAAUUGAACCACAGAUUAACACCACUGUUUUUGAGGAAGCCCCACAAAUAGAGUCCUACAUGUCCGUCAGUCUUCUUUUCACCGGUGUCAUUGCUGCUAGAAUUGGUCUUUGGUCCUUUGAUUUGACCGUGACCCAAUUGAUCCAAGAGAAUGUGAUUGAAUCCGAGAGAGGCGUCAUCAACGGCGUCCAGAACUCCAUGAACUAUCUUCUUGAUCUUCUACACUUCAUCAUGGUCAUCCUUGCACCAAAUCCAGAGGCCUUUGGGCUUCUCGUGAUCAUCUCGGUUUCCUUCGUUGCGAUGGGACAUAUGAUGUAUUUCAGGUUUGCCUAUAAAAGCCUCCGGAGUCGACUCUUCCUGUUCUGUUCACCCGAGCAGAAGCCAGAUCCCAAUAUUGCCUCACUUCCCAACUCUGUAUAACUUUUAAAGAGACUGUAAGCCAAUUUGAUAGAGUAUGCCAUACUGCUAGAGUAUGGCAUGCUGUGUUCUUCGAGAACGUCGCCAGGAACAUGUUCCAUCUUUUUACCAACAUGCUUGCUUUAGCUUCCUGCAAUGCUUAUGCAUUGAGUAUAUAGUCUUCGCCAUUAGCCAAAAUAACAAAGGCGAGAAGGAGCUCUCCUUAGCAUAGCUUAGAAUUACUUAUGUCAAAAAAGCAUACACUACUUCCCUGAAUCACACGGUUUGUUCAAGGUGCUGUAAAAUUGCCUGAGAACUAAUCAUAGGGGGAAACAUACGAACAGGAACUAUGGUUCUUUGGGGUUAUACGUGCUUUAAUUACUUUUGUAAAAGCUCCAAAGCAAUAAUGGGCAUAUUUAUUCUACUUUUACGUAUUUUAUUAGUUUUCCGACUUUAUGGUCGUAGUUAACCUUCAGACUAGGUAUAUAAGUUUUACAAUGUGCUCUACUUAAGAUAGUGUAGUUUUGUAAUGCUUGUCCCUCAAUGCUUUUUGCAAGCCAUGGUUAAAGUCUCUUUAAUAGUUAUUUGGAGUGUGCUAGUUAUUCAUUCAGGAAUACUUAUAUAAUGCUUACAUAUUUAUAUACACGUAGUCAGUAUUCUGUAUCUCCGCUUCGGUGGUGCUAGAUUGUUAUUAUAACUCUUCUGGAAAGCUAUGCAGACAUAUACGGUUUGUAACGUAACCAAAGUGGAUUUUUUUUUUCACCAUGUGGAAGUGAGGGAAUUGCAGAUGUUUGUAAACAUUCAGAAUAUUAUUGGUGUGAGAUUUAGGCCCUAAAACACUUUCCACAUUGCAACUAGUUUUAAGCACUGGAUUUGUUUUUAUCCUGUUUGAUUUGAAAGUGAUUUAACGCAUGAUUCUUUUUGCAAAGAUUGUUACACAAGCACUUUACGUGAUUUUACUUUUCCCAUUACAAAAUAAGAGCAACGAGACACUUCAGGUAUUAAGACAUUUGCACAAAAUAGUAGCAGUCCUGCAUUAAAACAGGAUUUUCUUUUUACAAGAUUUCACAUCUGCUUCAAAACCGCAACAAAAUUGGGAUUUUAGAACUAGCUCGUAACUCAAACAACCUCAUGAUUUUUACUGCUCUGUAAAUGGCAACACACCUCAGUUUUCCCUUUAUUCAAAUCAUAUGCUAAUCUAGAUUGUACAAAGUAAACAUUAAAGACCUGCCUAUGAGCCACAAUCGUUCAGGUACUAACAUCCAUUUGACAACCACAGCUGGCUCAACAUAUAUAUGCAAAGUUAUUUUGUAAUAGUUGUGUAAUAUUGAUGUUGGACACCAGCGGGAAACCACCAUAUGCACCGAACAGAAGGGAUUAUUGAGUCCAGUGUGGAUGGCUGGUCUAAAGUGCAGCUGGUCACAAAAACAGGUGCCAAGUCACUGAUGGUUUACUUUACUUAUGCAAGCAUUUUUAACUUGUAAGGGUUUUUUCAUGAGGCCCUCAUGAACAUACUUUCAGUUUUUAAACACUUAAUUGCUUCAGUGCAUACUGUCUUUCUAUGAAUGCGAAGCCUUAUUUCCAACUGCAAAAAAAAAAUUAUAUUCUCAUGUUGGCUAGUUUUAUUUGAAUUCAGUUUUGUACUCCUAUGUAACACCACAGAAGAUUUUGCCUUGGACACAUUUAGAAAAUGAAACACUUGCAAAAAAAAAUUGUGCCUAAAACCCAGUUGAUAAUGUAAGAAAUUAUUUUAUGGGAGCAUACUCCUGUUGUGUGGUGCACACAACACUACCGGGGGAAUAAUUCAAACUUGUACCAUAUCUUACUUCAAACAAAAUAAACAGAUUUGUAUCCAAA